CCGCGUACAAACUUGUUUUGCGUUCCAUUCGGGUCAGUUGCUGUUUUCGUGCCUCGCGAUGCUUUAAUGAACCACGCUGAUCGCUUCUAGCUAGCUCCGUGACUCCAUGCAGAAAUCAGUUGAUCCCUGCGAAAGAUUCAUUUCGCUACACCUUCAGCAUUAUGGAUUCUUCUCAGAUAAUGGCUCUUCAUCUGUGCAUUCAGGUGCCCCAAUCAAAAGAGAAUGGGAGGGCAACGAUGACUCUACAGCCUCAGACAUUAUUAACUCACCAACUGAGAGCAAUGAUUCCAACUUGGAGGAAACAAAGCCAUACCUUUUCAACUUAGACAAAGUUCUCAGAACCCGGCAGCUUCUAUUCGACUUUAAUGGGGAGCGGCCCAUUCCACGCCUAAGAGACCCAUUGGACCUCUUCACAAUCCCAUCUACCUCCUGUCCAUUCCAGGGUGUCCGCUGGCCCAUAGAGUGUGAAGUGAUCCGUGACAAAAUCCAGCAUAUAAAAUGGGACCCCCCUGAGCCAGAGCCAUUCUACCAGCUGACAGGUGAUGAACAGGCUCCCAUACCAGUAGGAGAUGAGAGAAGAAACACAGUCUACUGCAUAGACUCAGCCACAAAAACAUCCUACUUCACCUACUCUCAUGUGGGUGGCAGCAGAGGGCCCAUUAAAUGUGCCACAUCCUGUGCCAACCAUCAGAACGAGCCUAAGCUAGCAUUUGAAUCUCGUUUCGAGAGUGGAAACCUACAAAAGGCAGUGCAAGUUGGUCAGUAUGACUACGAGCUGACUUUGCGGACUGACUUAUACACCACUAAGCACACGCAGUGGUUCUACUUCCGGGUGAGGAACAUGAGGGCCGGAAUUACCUACCGCUUCACUAUAAUCAAUCUGAUGAAGGCCAGCAGUCUGUACAGCGCUGGUAUGCGCCCCCUGCUUUACUCUGAGCAUGAUGCCUGGGUAAAGGGGGAGGGUUGGAAACGAGCAGGAACCAAUAUAAGGUACUACCGAAACAACACAGAACAAGAUGGUAAAGCACUGUACUCCCUCACCUGGACUCUUGAGUUCCCAUAUGACAGUGACACCUGCUACCUAGCCCAUUGCUACCCAUACACAUAUUCAGAUCUUCAGCGCUACCUCCGUGAAGUCAUCUCAGACCCUGUCUGUGCCGCUCAUUGUAAACUGAGGGUGCUCUGUCGUAGCCUGGCAGGCAAUGCGGUGUAUGUGUUGACUAUAACCUCACCAUCCACCAGCUUUGUGGAACGCAAGGCCAAGCGGGCAGUAGUAGUGACAGCACGGGUGCACCCAGGAGAAACCAAUGGUUCCUGGAUGAUGCAGGGAUUUUUGGAGUUCAUACUGAGUGACUUGCCUGAUGCUCGCCUUUUGAGGGAAAUGUUUGUCUUUAAGGUUAUACCGAUGCUGAACCCUGACGGUGUGGUGGUGGGAAACUACCGCUGCUCAUUGGCAGGCCGCGAUCUGAACCGAAACUACCGCACUCUACUGCGAGACUCUUUCCCCUGCAUUUGGUACACUCGCAGCAUGGUUAAAAGGUUGCUUGCUGAGAAAGAGGUGGUGGUCUACUGUGACUUUCAUGGCCACAGCAGGAAAAAUAAUGUGUUCAUGUAUGGCUGUAAUGAUCGUAAGGAUGCCUCACAGUGUCUUCAGCAGCGCAUCUUCCCACUGAUGAUGAGCAAGAAUGCUAAAGACAAGUUUUCUUUUAGGAGUUGCAAGUUCAAAAUGCACAAGAGCAAAGAGGGUACUGGGCGCAUUGUCAUGUGGAGACUUGGCAUUAGGAACAGCUACACGAUGGAGUCUACUUUUGGAGGCUCAACGCUAGGGGACAGGAAAGGAACACACUUCAGCAUGCGGGACCUGAAGUCAAUGGGCUACUGCUUUUGUGACACUCUACUUGACUUUUGUGACCCUGACCCAGCCAAGACUACACAUUGUUUGGAGGAGUUGGGGGUGUCAUUGAGACAAGAGGUCAGACGGAAGCUGGGGAGAGAGGUGGACUCUUUAGAUGACCUCUCAGACAUUGACAUUGAGUCUAGCACAAGUGGAUCAAACAGUACAGAAUCGGAUGGCCUCCCUGUUCAUCUUUUAAAUGGCACAAACCAGCAAAUACAGGGCAAGAAGAAACACCUGAAAAGCCGUAAAGAAAGAAAUCAACUCAGGCAAGAACGAAUCCGAAGUGCAAGGCCUAAAAUUGUUCAAAGGAAUGUCAAAAAUUUGGAUCCUGUGGCUUCAAAUGAAGAUAUGGUCAAAGUGAGAAUCCAAGAGAAAACGAUGUGUAUCAUGAAAGACUCUAAGAAACAAAAGGUGCCAUGUGUUGCUAGGGCGAAUCAGACUGUGAGAACUUGGAUACCUCAUCCCACUUCUCACAUAGGUGUUGUAGAUCAUGUGACUCUUUGGGAGAACCAGCCAGACAAGGUUACGCCUACCACCAAUAUGCACAACAGUUAUUCAUCUUGUCGCCACUCUGUCUCAGGAAAAUGUGAUGAACCUGGAUGCAGAACGUAUCAGCAAACUACCUCAUCUGCUCCUCAUGGGCAAUUACAACGGCAGACACUCUUAGUCACUGGAGACAUAUCCAAGAGAUGUCCAUCUGUUCCAUCAUCCAGAGAAAGGACCCUGCCUAUACCAGUCCAGCCGUACACUAUACCUUUUUACCCUGAUUUCAGACCACAACCAGAAAUUAAAGGAAGACUUCCUGUUUCAAACACGUCACACCACAGCCAACAGAAACGCAGGCAGGAAAAACAGACACAAGAAUCCCAUGUUCCUGUCAAAUACUUCAUGCCAUUAGAUGACAUGGGAACACUCAGAAUCAGUCACAAGAAAGAUGCACAAGGUGCUGUGGCUGGUCUUGCAUCAUCACCAAAUACUGAGCUGUGCAGGGAAGCCAACCAAAGCAAUGAACAACACACAAGAAAUGGAUCCUUUUUCCUCCCUGAUCUACACAGCCACACACGGUUAUUUGGUAACCAGGCUGCAACAGGAGGGUUGAGGUUAGGAAGGCUGCCCAAAGCAAACAAAAUACAGCAGAUCACUGGAAGGGAUGCUGCUUCCACAAAGAGCCUGAGCAGUGAGGAAAGGGUGCCUCAAGAGCCUAUACAAGCGGACGAGUCAACAAAUGUUUUGCCUCACAGGUUUCACACACAGCUGUCUCAGGAGAAGUCAGUCAAGUCAGACAAACACAAACUGGCCAAAAGGACCUGAGAAAGAUGACAAGGACUGCCUGUUUAACAUCUCUUUAUUAAAAUAUUGUGAUAUCAAGUGCCUGAAUCAAUUUCUCGAUGUCUAAGUAUAGUCAUUUUCUUAGUUUUAAUCUUGCAAUCCUGAACUAUUGUCUUCUGUUUUAUGCAUUUAAUAAAAGACAUGGAAAACAUAGAGACCUUUAUAAUUAUUUUAUUUAUUGCCAUUUUGUAUAAAAAAGGUAAUACUGUGCACUGCUUACAGUCUUGUUAAUAAGCCAUCAUUCUGUUGAAGAAAUAAAAUGGCUCUACCAUU